ACAGCCUUCUCUGCACCUUGAGAAGCAAGUAAUUUCCUAAAAAGCUCCUUACUAGCUUUAAAAUUCUGUCUAUAAGAUCCUAGUCUGUGUUUAUGAAGCACUAUAAUUUAUGGACUUUUCCAUGCAAGUCCAGGAUGAAUGAAGUUUGGAAUCAUGUACAAAGUGUUUCUCCCUAGGUAAAAGUGGCUUUGAUCUUCAUUUUAUAACAGAUAAUUUUAGUCACAUGAUUCUGACAAGGUGAUAGGCAUGUGGCACCUUGGGCAAAUACUGAUGGGUCCAUUGUUGCCUAGGCAACACUCAAGAAACCUAUAGAUUAAAAAUGGGGUCUGCGUUCAGGAAUAGAUUACACACAUCCCUCUUACCUGCUUUGCUUCUGCCUCCUUGCCAGAUGGUCUGUUCAGCAGCCUUCUAAAAAGACAUGCCCAAGGGCUCCAACUCACGGGCUGUUCUGGCAUUAGAUUUGGUAAAUGAAUCUCUGAAGAAGUUUGCCUGCACUUCAGGAGGCCCUGCUACAACUGAUUGACAACAUUCCUUCUGGUCUUUUGGCCUCUGGUGUGGUAGUGUUCAGCCUGGCAGCUCUCUAGACCCCUGGCCAAUUUUAAAAGUGGGAUCAACAGUGCUAAAUGGAAAAGACCAUUUGGGGCUUAACCUUGGUUUUUCUGUCUGUCUCAACAUGAAGUCACAUGAUUUUAAAAACAGGGCAAUAAAGUCUUAAAAAUAGUUAGACUUCACCUCAAGGACCUCUCACCACUUGGAAGAGAUUGCCUAACGUUUUUGCUGUGCUUGGUUAAAUCCGUUAUGGUUCUGGUUGUGCCUGAGGAAUUCUAAAUUUAUGAGGUAAGGUAUCUUUUUUUUAUUGCAUGGAAUAGAAUAUGUGAACCGUCAGUCCUAUAUCAGUUGAGCCCUGUUCUGUAAUCCUGUAUUUACUUGCUUUGGAUACAACAAAAAUGUACUCCUGUCACAGAAAAUAAUGAUAUUCAACUUUUUGUACCAAAAAAAGGGGGAAGAAAGGAGCAAAAAUUACUGAUAUGAACAUCUGUAUCAUUCAGUAGUGGUUAAUUCAAACCUGAGUUAUUCUAAAUAAAACUCUCCUGUUUACCCAAACUCAGCAGGCAAUAGCAACGUUAGGCUCUUGGUACUCUGCAUAUUUGUCCUUUGGCCGGUGUACGAGGAAGGAAAUGGUUCUAUAAGCCAAUGGGCAGCGUAACUGAUACUCUUCAGAGGACCUACAAUGCCAGCGUCCCCAGUGGUGGCAUAAUUUAAGAAAAACAAAGAAGCAGACCUAUUGUCAUCGUUUUUGCUCUCUGGGCAUCUCAGGACGUCCCCUCUGAGUCCGACUGUCCUUGGUGAUCUUGGAAUUCAUAAUCCCUGAGGGUGCCAGGUUCCACUAUUCAUUACUCACUGUUCACAUCAAGUCCUCAGCUCCUUACAGAUUCUCUGUGCUAACUAAAGUUUAAACAUGUGCAAGUAUUCCUGUGGGAAUCUCCUUUUCUGUUAGUUUCUCUGAGUCUCAUUCAUAGUCACUUACAACCUGUUUUGCGAUGGUAUUAGCCUCUGUGAGGUGCUGUCCUUUUCUUGGCUACAAUGCUGUGUGUGCUGUUUAUUGUGGAUAGCGUUCCCAUCCCAGCUCCACUCCUCAUACAAUUUUACAGUUUUCAAAGAAUUUAGGAACUCCAGUUAAGGGGAAUGUUGGGGGAGCUUUCAAAGGAAAGCUGUGUGGGGCUCUGACACACCUAACAAGGCUGUGGGACUGUGAGAGGAGAGAGUCCCUUUGGGGAUGCUUUUCAAAGAUUCCUUAGUAGCUUCUGAAACAUCUUGGAUCCCACAGAACCCAUUCUCAGGAAAUAGAAGGCACAAACCUCCUGCUGCUUCAGAAGGCCAAGGAGAACAUGGUAAAAAUUUUGAGCAGGGAGAUAGAACUUCUGUGAUGGAUACUAAGCACCUCUGGAGAGGCAUUUUAGCAGUUGGAAGUAUUUUAAGACAACAGAUGGACGGGAAACAUUUCUUUGAGGAUGUAAGUGUCCACUAGGCAUCUACAGUAACAACCAAAAAUAGAGUGUUUUUUUGUGUCAUGUCCUGAGCUGCAUGCCAGAGAGUGCAGUCCCUUCUUCCCUUGAGUAAUUCUGUGAGGUGGAGGUGGGAGGCAAGCAGACGAGGUGUUGUCAUACAGAGUGGUAAGGGCAUUGCUGAACCUGGCCUGCCAGCCAUUGAAUGGCCUCGCCUGGGAGAAAGGGCAUCAAGUGAGACAGUGGCCCAUGAAAUGUGCCUGUGACGUGUGCCUAUCUUUGACUGGACUUGGGGUCUCAACCAAGCCAGACUCUUCAAGAGUUAACGCUUAGUACACUGUCUACGAGGUAGGUAUUGUUAGUAUCCACUUUACAGAUUAAGAAACACAUACACAGAGAAGACUAAGGGCUUGCCUAGUGUCUGUCACACAGCUAAGUGUGUAGAGCCAGGCUCUGGAGCCAGCAUUUGGCCCCAGUCAGUCUGAGUCCUCACUCAUUCUGAACAGACUGGGACCACCGCAUGAAAGGGAACUUUUAAAGUAAUGUAUAAACAUGGCCACUUCAGCAUGCAGUUACCAUCUGAGUUUUAGAUGUUAAGUGGCAAGGAGAAAAUUUUCAUUCCUGACUAAAAGCUCUGGUGUUCAAAAUCAAAGAUACUGAGCUUUUGGUUAAAUUCUCAGAAGCUUGCCUCAGGAUUAAAACCUCUUUUCUACUACGGUACCAAAAAACACGUCUUGUAGUCACAAGUUUGCAUUUUGAGUGUCUGUUGAGUGCUUUUGUGAGCUGUUCAGGUCUGCUUCCCAUUUCACAUAGGCCUGGGGAAGAUGCUUCCCAAAGCUACCACAUAUUUUCUGCUUAGUUCCCAAUCACUUUCUGCCACGCGGACCCUUGCGUUUUAAAACAGCUUCUUUCAUUUCCAGUGUCAUCUGUUUCAGAGCCCUCACCUUGGAGUCCUCACUCCAGGAAUUGGCCUUUGCGCUUCAGCUACCCAAGGUCCCCUUGCCAUGUUUAUCCUUGUCUCUUGUGGCUUUAGUGGACCCUGUGGCAAGGUGCCCAUAUUUAAAGACUGUGACUCAAAGUUGUUUAUCAUCUCUUCAGAGAGGUGCCCCCCUGGCCCCUUCUACUGGCAGUUUGAAAAGUAACCCUUAGCCUGCUUAUCCAAUCCCUGCUCCAUCCCUGGGAUGCACACAGGUUUGAGUAGUAGCACGUGCUCAUUGCCAGAGGGUGAGCGCCGGUCACCUUAGUGAUUAGGUAGUAGCGAGCCCAUCCCACCUCCCCACCUGGAACAGAUCUGCUUUUUCAGCGUCCCAUGCCUGUCUUCCUGGGCAGAGGGUGUUAAAAAAAAUCGCUCAUGCUCCUCCAUUCUGUGUGAGGAACGGAGACUUUGAUUAUCUUUCAUCCUUUUUUCAACUUCGGUUUCAUCUUUUUUUCUUUCAUCAUUUUUCACUCCCAACUCUGCAGUUCCCCUUCCGUCUACUCUCUGGAGUCUUCCAAUCAAGCAGCAGUAACUUUGUCCUCUCCUCCUGGCCCCUCCCCGCCCCCUGGGAAGACCAGGAGAGAGUACCCGUGCCCUAUGGGCCUAGGCCUCUGGAGCUGUUGUAACCUGAGAAAAGAAGGAAAAAGGCCAGGCCUCUUGAGCCAGCAGUCGGCCCCUGUGGCCUGCCAGAGAAUAAGAACCUUGCUCACUCAGCUCCCUCCCUCUUUUCUUUCCCCUCCCCUGCUGCAGCAGGGCCCUCCCCCAUCCGCACACACAGGCUGCUGGGUAAGUGGCAAGAUGGCUCCCCUGCAUGUCUCCGGCUGAUCGCUGCCGCUCCGCCAAUACAAUAGAGCCAGCCACUACCAGCAGCCUGGCCCUCUUCCUUCUCCUUCUCCAGAGAGACCAAUCCAGCCGAACUCGGGGUUUGCCUGAGGAGAAGGAGGAAGUGACCAUGGACACAAGUGAGAGCAGACCUGAAAAUGACGUCCCGGAGCUUCCUAUGCCUAUUGCAGACCAAGUCAGUAAUGAUGACCGCCCAGAGGGCAGUGCUGAAGAUGAGGAGAAGAAAGAGAGCUCGCUGCCCAAAUCAUUCAAGAGGAAGAUCUCCGUUGUCUCAGCGACCAAGGGGGUGCCAGCUGGAAACAGUGACACAGAGGGGGGCCAGCCUGGUCGGAAGCGACGUUGGGGAGCCAGCACAGCCACCACACAGAAGAAACCCUCCAUCAGUAUCACCACCGAAUCGCUGAAGAGCCUCAUCCCCGACAUCAAACCCCUGGCGGGGCAGGAGGCUGUUGUGGAUCUUCACGCUGAUGACUCCCGCAUCUCCGAGGAUGAGACGGAGCGGAAUGGCGACGACGGGACCCACGACAAGGGACUGAAAAUAUGCCGAACUGUCACUCAGGUAGUACCCGCAGAGGGCCAGGAGAACGGGCAGCGGGAAGAAGAGGAAGAGGAGAAGGAGCCCGAAGCAGAGCCCCCUGUGCCUCCGCAGGUGUCAGUAGAGGUGGCCUUGCCCCCGCCUGUGGAGCAUGAAGUCAAGAAAGUGACUCUAGGAGACACCUUAACUCGACGCUCCAUUAGCCAGCAGAAGUCUGGAGUUUCCAUCACUAUCGAUGACCCGGUCCGAACCGCGCAGGUGCCCUCCCCGCCCCGGGGCAAGAUUAGUAACAUUGUGCACAUCUCCAAUUUGGUUCGACCCUUCACUCUAGGCCAGCUGAAGGAACUACUGGGCCGCACAGGAACCUUGGUGGAGGAGGCCUUCUGGAUUGACAAGAUCAAAUCUCACUGCUUUGUCACGUACUCAACAGUAGAGGAAGCAGUUGCCACCCGCACAGCUCUGCAUGGGGUCAAAUGGCCCCAGUCCAAUCCGAAAUUUCUUUGUGCUGACUAUGCUGAGCAAGAAGAGCUGGAUUAUCACCGGGGCCUCUUGGUGGACCGUCCCUCUGAAACCAAGGCAGAGGAGCAAGGAGUACCACGGCCCCUGCACCCCCCUCCCCCACCCCCAGUCCAGCCACCGCAGCACCCCCGGGCAGAACAGCGGGAACAGGAGCGGGCAGUGCGGGAGCAGUGGGCAGAGCGGGAACGAGAAAUGGAGCGGCGGGAACGAACUCGAUCGGAGCGUGAAUGGGAUCGAGACAAAGUUCGGGAGGGGCCCCGUUCCCGAUCGCGGUCCCGUGACCGCCGCCGCAAGGAACGUGCAAAAUCUAAAGAGAAGAAGAGUGAGAAAAAAGAGAAAGCCCAGGAGGAGCCGCCUGCCAAGCUACUGGACGACCUUUUCCGUAAGACCAAGGCGGCCCCCUGCAUCUAUUGGCUCCCACUGACUGACAGCCAGAUCGUUCAGAAGGAGGCAGAGCGGGCUGAACGGGCCAAGGAGCGGGAGAAACGGCGAAAGGAGCAGGAAGAAGAGGAGCAAAAGGAGCGGGAGAAGGAAGCCGAGCGGGAGCGGACCCGGCAGCUGGAGCGGGAGAAGAGGCGCGAGCACAGCAGGGAGAGGGAGCGCGAGCGGGAGCGGGAGCGGGAGCGCGACAGGGGGGACCGGGACCGAGACAGGGAGAGGGACCGAGACAGAGGCCGGGAGCGGGACCGCAGAGACACCAAGCGCCACAGCAGAAGCCGGAGUCGGAGCACCCCUGUGCGGGACCGGGGUGGGCGCCGCUAGCCGGUAGAACACUAGGAGAGCUGCAGGUACCAGCCACUCUGCCCCGGGGAGGGGGGUUAAAGGCCACAGAGGGAUAGGUACAGUCUUCACCACUCUGGAACCAGGGCUCUUUCACACCGUCUGCCCAGCGCUGACGUCUGACUGCCACCUGUCCCCACAGAGCAGAUGGAGCAGUGGCCAUCCUCCCCACUGCUCUUAACCUAACUCUUGGGACUUGGCCCUUUCCUCCCUCUCAUUUCCAUUCAGUCUGUGAGAGGGAAGAGCUAGGUUAGGGAGGGAGGUGGGGAACAGCCAGGUGCCCUGAGACCUCUCAUUUUUCCACCAUCCUUCUCAGCGCCUCCCCUGGGUACUCACAGCCGCCUCUCGGGAACGGCCGGGGCCAGGACUGGGUCACCUAUGAGCUGAAUCAGCGUCUCCUCCUGAGUCCCGGGGCCCCUGCAGUUCCCAGUCUCUUCUGUCCUGCAGCCUUUGCCUCUUGCCGACCGGUUCCACUUUAUAUCCACCUUUUCCUUUUGUUCAAUUUUUAUUUUUAUUUUUUUUAUUAUUAAAUGAUGUGGUCUAUGGAAAAAAAAUAAAAUCUGACUUAGU